AUGAGUAUGCUGACAGCAGAAGCCAAGACAGGGAAAGGAGACAGCAUAAAGGAGACAGGGAAAGGGACAUGGACAGGGGCAGAGACAGGGACAGGCACAGGGACAGAGACAGGGACAGGAAUAGAGACAGAGACAGGAGCAGAGAUAGGAACAGGGAUAGAGACAGAGACAGGAGCAGGGACAGAGACAGUCGAGAGCAUAGAAGACAUCGCUCUGCUCAUGAAAGGACAGCCUCCCCCGCAGACAAACAUAGCUCUGGAAGCCGUCAGCACAGAGAUGCAGAGCACCGUGCAGCACGGAAAGAGCCGCGGAGACACUCAGACUGGCCCGCAAGAGGGCCCCGGGAGACCUGAGAAGAUCAAUUUCGUAGAAGCCAUUCCCGGCUACGAAGAGAUGUCUGCUGGAGAACGCAUGAAGGCCCGCACAAAGCUGCUCCUGGCACGCACAAACAAGCAGGACAUAGACAGCAGACAACAGUGGACCCGUUUUGUUUUCAACAAGGAUGCCCUGCUGGAUGAGGAGGGUGCUCAGCCUGGUGAUGCAUUUGGAGGUGGAGCAAAUGCCGUCUCUUUGAAGGUGCCUGCUGCACAAGCGCGCCAAGAGGAGCGCAUCCUGAGCGCACAGGAGGCCCACGAGGCAUGUGCUUCCUCAAGAUCACUGCAAGUGAUAUAUGUGUGGCAAUGA